AGGGAACUGAAAUCGACCGAUUCCUUGAUCACGUAACUUCCAAUACGGCUCAUCGGCUCUACUUUAAAUUACUCGUGUGAAUUUUGUGUAAAAAUACUUCCUAUAGCGGCUAGUGCGUUAACGGUGCGUAAAAUGAUUAAAUCACCAUCCGUUUUGAGGAACAAAGCGUGCAAAUCUUGUUUUAUAGUUUUUUGUCGGCUGCUGCAAAGGCUCAUUUGUAAUUUGAUCAAUCUUUAAACAUGUCUAAUUAAGGAUUUAAGCAGAACAGGUCAUCUUAUUUGACACUCCGCUAUUCCUCCUUUCAUUUUAGAGUGCUGAUAAAAUUAGUAUGAAAUGAAGGAUUUAUUAGCUGAGAUGCCGUUAUACUAUCAUGUGAGGUAGACAAUAGUUCCAAUUUCGAUGUCUUUUUGUAACAUUUAACGCGAUUAAAAAUGAAUGAACAGUCUUAUUUUCACUGGGAUUUAUUCCGACCUCCAAUUCACAGUCCUUCUUUUGCAAUGGGUGCUUCUUUCUUGGAUAUAAGAGAGGAGGCUAUGCGUGGACUCCCCGGAAAACCAAAGCCAUUUUCUUUUGAUCAAUCCUGUGCUUUGUGGUCAAAGGAUUUAGGGCUGGACCCAACGGAAGGACUACCAAACGUCGGUGGGCGUGUGCUGGAGAUCCGAAAGGAGAAAUCUCGUGACGCAGCUAGAUCUCGGCGCGGGAAAGAAAAUUACGAAUUCUACGAGCUGGCCAAGCUCCUCCCACUACCGGCAGCUAUUACAAGUCAACUGGACAAAGCAUCAAUAAUCCGACUGUCAAUCAGUUAUCUCAAACUUAGAGAUUUUUGUGGACAUGGUGAUCCACCUUGGACUGUAGAUGGACACAGUACUAACAAAAAUGUAAAAGGCAGUCAAAGACGUAACUCAAGUUUAUCAGGGGAUCUGUUUGACAUCCAUCAGGGAGCUCAUAUUCUACAGUCUCUUGAUGGUUUUGCUUUUGCAUUGAGUAAUGAUGGAAGGCUUUUAUAUAUAUCGGAAACUGUAUCAAUCUAUCUAGGGCUUUCACAAGUUGAGAUGGCAGGAAGCAGUCUGUUUGAUUAUAUACAUAGUCAAGAUCAUCAAGAAUUAGCUGACCAAUUAGGUAUCUCACUAGCUAGUGUUUCGAGUACAUUGUCCUCCCCUGCCUCUCCGUCAGUAGAUAGUCCCACAACACCAAGAGCAAUAACUCCUCCCGUUAGCGAUAGAGUGCCAAUCAUGUCACCAAACCUUGAAAAGACGGCAGACCGGUCCUUCUGUAUUCGAAUGAAGUCAACUCUUACCAAAAGAGGAGUGCAUUCGCGCUCGUCCGGGUACAGGGUCGUGUUAAUUGUUGGUCAGUUUAGACCACAAAUAAACUACAGCAUUGGUAGAAAGUGUCCUGGUCCGUUAUUGGGGCUAUCAGGUGUCGCUAUUGCUCUCCCUCCACCGACAAUCACUGAACUAAGAAUAGAGGCAGAUACCUUCAUCAUGCGGCUGACUGCACAAUUUAAAGUUAUUUACUGCGAAAAUGUGAUAUCUACAUUAACUGACUGGAAGUGUGAUGACGUGAUUGGUAAAGAUCUAUACGAGUUUUGUCACCCUGCAGAUGCUCAUCAUUUAAAAAAGCUGCACAAAGACUUAUUGAUGAAAGGUCAGGUGAUGUCUCCGUCCAUUAGACUGCUGAACAAGGGUGGCGGGUACAUCUGGUUGUGUGUCUGCUGCACUUCCCUCUACAGCUCAAAAACCUCCGACGAUCAAACUGUGCUGGCAAUUUUUCAGACGAUCAGUAGUAUUGAGCACAGAGGUGUUGCUAUGGACUCUAGUCAACUUCCUUAUACAGACCAUCAACACGUGGCUGCUCAUGGUAACACAAACGAAGACAUAGACCAUGUGAUCAGUGAAGAUCUUUCCCCAGCAUCGCAUACUUCUGAUAGAUCGCUCGUGAGCAAGCUGUCAGGUCAUAAUAGUCCAGACAUUGUUGCAAACAGCGAUAAAAUAGCAAGUCCAGAGCCAUCAAGUGUGUUUCCGAGUGGCAUAGAUAAUGAUUUUUUGUUAGAUGAAAACAUAGAAAAUGAAAGUGAACCUGUGAAACAUGACAAUAAAAUGUCGAGAAGGAAAGCAGAUAGACCUCGGAAAAGAAAACGAGGUAUUGAUGACAGUCCUAGUGUAAGUUCUAUUUUAGAAACAUUAGACAACCAGGGUAAAGCAUCUUGUGUCUCAGAGAGAACAUCAAAUAUUUCUGACACCGUUGAUGGGUCUGUGUUAAACCUGUCAUCUGUGCAUCACAGCUUCCCAAGUAGUCCCGAGCAAGACAUGUCUACAAAACCACCGUCACAACAAAUACCAGAAGAUCUAUCAUUACGAUCAGAUGGUGAAAAAAGAUUGGAUGCAAACAGUCCUGUGAAGAAUGACAGUAAAUCUGUCUCUAAACCAAAUACUAUAGUAUCAAGUUCUGUACAUGAGCUUGAGAAAGCAAUGAAUCGCCACUUACCACCAAACAAGAAGACAUUUCCCGUUUGUGACGAAGAUAAUCUCCAUUCUACACAAUCACAAAAAUCUGCAAUUCAUUGGUCUGGUUCAAGCAAUUCUGGACACUUACAGACAUCGUUAUCUUCGCCGUUUUAUGUGAGCAAUUUAUAUACGAGUAGGGAAUCAGUAAUACGGAGUAGUUUGAGAUCUCACGUGUUGAAUGGCGACAGUAAUGUGAUAAACAUGCUCAGUCCGUCUAGUGGUGAAGUCACUAUUCAUAAGGACCAGCUACAGUUGCACAUACCACAUAUAACUGUAAAUACGAAACAAAAUUUUCAAACUCAUAAGAACGUACCCCUUACAGACGAGUUUAACAUGACACCCCCCGAUUCUGUCUCACCUCAGGAUAAAAUGGCUUCCGCAUAUUCGGAUAAUCCGAAUGCACGAGAUUGUAUGGGCAUGCGUAUUGGUCAAAGGCAUGACGUUGGCAAUACAUCGAAUAAGUCAUUUGCAAUGGUAAACGAUUCAGGCAAUGAUGUCUCUAAAACACAGUUUCUGUCUGUGCCAAAUUAUCAGUAUCAUUCAUCCGAACUGGGUAGUUUCUCUCAUGGACAAAUGACAUCAGGUGGACUUCUGUUUGAUCCUCGUAGUUCACCGACCAAUGCUUGGUACGGUUCAACUUAUAAUUCAUAGUCCUGUUUCUUAUUGUGGCGAACAAAUGGCAACUCUUGAAGGAAACGGAAAAAAAUAAAGAUUAAAAUAUAACCAAUCAUAGUGAGAUUUUCAAUCGUUUUAAGCAUAUGCACAUAGUUUGGUAGUUAUGACAAGCGAUUUCUGCAAAUCCAGUAAAACAGGUUUUUAAAGUAAUAGCUGGAGGUUAAGUACACAUAAAACACGAAUAUUUCAGAUAAGUCAUACAGCGAUAUCGGCAUCUUAGUUCUUGGAGUUUCGACAUAGAAGUCAAUAAACUAUUAAGACAUAUUUAUUAAUACAUGUAUAAGCAAUGUCACAUUUCUAGUUUUAACUCUUUACCUGUGUUUUCUGUGUUGUAAAUGAAAAUAUGCUUUCUUACACUCUAAAUUAAUUGUCACGUAGAAUUAUAUGACAUAUGUCAUGAUUUUGAUCUAAAUCUUAACAUAUAAGUUAUAUCACAAAUGUAAAAAAAUAUGAAAUAUGCCAAUUAAAUUGGAAAAUAUUGUUGAUUUUAUGUAAAAUGUACAUGUAUACAUGUCUUACACAGCUCAUUAAAUGAGAAAUUAUACAUUGUUCUACAAAAACAUUAUUACUUUUUUUUGCAAUGGCAUUAAAAUAAAAGUUACAAGUA